GGCUCCUGUUAGCAACGGCGAACGGUGAAUAAAGUUUGUUGAGGAUUUUUGUUUUCUUCCGAUGACCGAAUGUGCGCCGCGUAUUAGAUCGGCGUCUUGUUAAAUUACAAGAACCGGGAGGUCCCUUUCAUUGCAUAUGUGUCAUUUAAUUGAAGUAUACCGUCAGACAUGGAUGACAAUUCCAAAGAGAAGAUCAGCCGCUUAAGCCACCCAGCUAAAGAGGAGAAGACCCAUAAGAGCAGAGGGAAAGAGAAAAGGAAAAGGAGACGGAGCAGAAGCAGAAGCAGGUCAUCCUCUAGUUCAUCCAGAUCAUCGUCAACAUCAUCUUCAUCAACACUGUCUUCAUCUUCAGCUAGUACAAGCAGAUCAAGCAGUAAUGAUUCAAAUGAUGGUUCUAAAGGCAAGAAAAGAAAGAAGGAGAAACAUAAACAAAAAAAAAUGAAAAAAGAGAAGAAACACAAAAAGAAAAAGAAAGGAAAAAAAGCAAAGCAGGAAGGCGCUGGGCCUGUUCAGAUUUCAAAGUUUUUGAAUGAGAAAAAGAAAAAUGAGUACAGCAUGAUCACAGGAAAGAAAAUUAAAAUGAAAGUAAAGAAGACUAAAAUGGACAAAGAGAGGGACAAAAACCGUGCCGAACUGUUGGAUUUCUUAAAUUCUACGCUAAAAUUUCUCAGGGAGCAGUUUAAAAUCUUUGCCCAUUGAAAGUGACUUCAAAUGAUGAAGGAGUUUGUGAUUUUCACCAGUGGUUGCAGUUUUUAGUUUCCGAAUAAAAAGGUUCCCGUGCUUCAGUUGGAUUUUGAUUCCUGACCAAACUGCAUCCAUCUCUCCAGCAGUGGAUUUUAAAACGUUUUCAUCUUGCAAAUCUUUUGUUUGGUUUUUCCCCUCAGAUCUGAUACAGCUGUGUUUUGAAACAAAAAUUCAAUAUUGUGUAAAUGUAAAUGUCAUUCAUUCUCUAUCAUGUACAACGUGAUUUGUAUGCGUCUGGUUUUUGUUCUGCAAAUAUGAAUCUGGUUUGCAUAUUCAUGAGUAGAAGAUGUCAUGGUCAUUGCCAGGUUGUGUUUUUUAUAUGAGCAGAAUGUUUUACAUUAAAGACAGGUUUUAUAUUCCUGAAAUAA